AGUCUGCUAAGAACUCUCCACACUGUUACGUUAACAGCUGUAAGCGCCAACAGCGGCUACAAAGCUACAAAGCGAACCAUAAAUGGAGCAAAGAGAGCGCUCACAGCAGAAGGCGCGCCCAGGCCAUUCGGCUGCACUUGGGGAUGAACGAACGGAAACGAAGUUGGAGCCGCUCCAGCAUCCUACAGCGAGACGGCGGCACUCCGCCGGCAACGGUCUGCCAACCAUGUCCAUGGCAUCAAAGAGUUGCCACUCUACGCAGCGGCGCGGUGCAGAGCGGUACAAAACGGAGCUAUUCGGUGCGGAUUUCUAAGCGAUAACAAAACAACAACAAAACGAAGCAAAAAAGCGUCAAAAAACUGUCCACCAAAUGCUCAUUGGCCGCUGACCUGUCAAUGGCGUUUAUCGAUAUCGCAACUAUAUAGACAUAGACAUAGAUAUAGAUCUAUAUAUAUGUAGAUGUAUGGCUGGACGGGCGACUGCCUGUGUAAUCAUGAGCUAGUCGCGUUGGCGUGCAAAAAAGUUGGCUACACAAAGUUUUGGACUAAUAGAAAAUAUGGCCGGCCAUUGAGUGUGGCCAAAGGGCAAAAGUUUCCAGCAGAGAGCCAGGAAUUUUUAAAGGCGACCAGCCCCACAAUGGACUAUGGCCGGUGGCUGCUGCAGCUGAGCGUCCACAUGCUGCUGGUUGUGCGACGCAUUCAGUGUCUACGUGUGACUGACAUCAAUGUGCCACAAAUUGUUGAUUUUCGUGAUAACGUGACAUUAUCCUGCAGCUAUGACAUAAGUGGUCACACGUUAAAUUCGGUUAAGUGGUACAAAAAUGGCAAGGAGUUUUUUAGAUACUCGCCACUUACGCCACCCACAUACAUUCCCUUCGCUGUGGAUGGCGUACAGCUGAUCGAUGAUGGCAACGAGUGCAAUGAAUCCUCAUGUCGCGUGGAACUUAAUCUACUGGGCUUCAAAUCAUCGGGCCUCUACAGGUGCGAAGUGUCCGGCGAUGCGCCACACUUUCAGCUGACUGCACGCGAUGCCAACAUGAGCGUAGAGGCUCUGCCGCAGAACAAUCCACUUAUCAGCAGCUUUCACUCCAUGUAUCGCUUCGAUGACUUUGUUCAGGUGAACUGCAGCACGGAUUUCUCCAGCCUCUUCACGCACAUCACGUGGUACAUCAAUGGAGUGAAGGUUUCCCUGGUGGAUCUGCUGCCCAGCAUAGAGACCACGAUCGCUGCACACGACUACAAUCUGCGGCGCGUUGUCUCGCAGCUGAACUUCUAUGCCAACGAGCCGCGCUUCCACCAGGCGCAGCUGCAACAGCUGAUGCUGCAACGGCAGCAGCAGCCGCAGCAGAAGCGCACCAUCUCCCCGGCGCGCCUCGGCCUGGAGCUGCGCUGCGUGGCAGAGAUUGAUCGUUAUCCGCAGCUGCAGCGUGAGGCGAGCAUGAACGCGCAGCUCUUCCGCGAUGACAUCGAUCUGAAGAACCAAAAGCUGAUCAACUCGCGAUCGGCUGCCACACGUGGUGGAAAUGGCAUAAAAUUGCAGCAGCUGCUGCUGCUGAUGGCGUCUGCGGCUGUUGCAACCGCAGCGCGACUCUUGACGCCACUGACAUUUCAAUAUGGCGCACGGAAGUCAACGCGCUACAAAAUGGCGUCAACGUGUGUGAAUCGAAGCCACUGCUGGCCGUAGAGCGGCAUUGUCCUGCUGCUAUUUUACGUUUUUUCGUGUUUGUUUUGAAACCAUUUUCUAGCUCUAAGCAACUGAAAUGCACGUGAGAAUUUACAAA